AUGGGUAACUGUCUCGCUCGCCUGGAGGCCGAAAUGGUUUCACCUCCUCCCAUCCCUGAAAAUUGGAAAGACCUUGGACCUCGGAAAGCUCUUCUUCGCAGUCCACCGGAUGCACAGGCUAGGAGAAGAUGUAAGAGAGAGAAUGGAAGUGAUGGAUACGAAGAGGGGAAUAGACUGCUUUUAGUAAGGAGGGAGACAUCGAGUGGCAUUAAGGGUCUGACCUUUGAUUAUGCGGGGAGGCCUGUUUGGAGGGACCCAAAAUUGCAGAUGCACGACUCGGAUGAUAGCGAUAUCGCGAAGUCUGAAUAUAUUGAGGAGACACUCUAG